AAGCUAUUUUUAAACACCUCAGUUAACUAUUAUUAACUCUCUUUGGUAUACAAGGAAAACUGAACUAGAUUGGCCAGCGUGGUCAACCAUAUUGGAUUCGAAAGUAUGAUCAGUAUAAUGUUCUUAGCGCGCUUUAAAAAUGGUAGAUCCGGCAAAUAGCGAUAUGUCUACUAUAGAUUCUUCACGAGCAACGGGAGAUAGUGGUUUCAGUGAAUUAUUAAGAUCAGCAGAACAAUUGUCUGCUGCCGUCGAAGGUAGUGAAGAACUUCCACAAGUCGAAAGAAAUUUACGUCAAAUAUUAGAAGCUUCUAACGAGUUAUGGUCACGUGUGACGCAAACCGGUACUCAGGACAACCAGGUCCAAGCUCACUUGUUGUUAGGUUCUCGGGGGGUUGAUCUACCACAAAUAUCUCAAAAAUUAAGUUCACUCAGUGCAAGACGCACAUUUGAGCCAUUAGAUCCUAUUGCAGACACUGAUAUUGUAAGCUAUUUAAGAAAUGAGAAAGAAAAUGCAAUUCUCUCCAUCAUCGAAGAAGUUCAUAAAGAUACAUUUGAACUUACCAGAGUUCAGCAGAUGGAACAUAUAUUGGGCGAAUGGAAACAAAUGCGUUUUGAAAUAAUAAAUGCUAUGACAGCUCCAUCAGGAGAGUUAGUAGAUUUAAGAGGAACUCCGCAACGUACCAAAUUAGCUGGAUCAAUGGUUAGUGGUCUCUCUAAUGUCGAAGUUGCAUAUGCCAAAGAAUUACAGAAUUACAACGAACAUGUACUUCGCGGUACAACAAGACCUAAUUUGUUUAAUAUAUUCUGUAAAGCAAGUGAAUCAUUUAAUGACAAGAAAGUUGCGGAUUUGUGGCAAAUGGUUAAGUAUAUGGUAGAUAUUCCACCAACGCCAAGAGGAGAUCAAAUUAAAUCAAGAACUAGUCCUGCAAUUGAACAGAAGAUCGUAUCAUUAGCGAGAAAUUAUCUUGAAAAUCGAUAUAGAGAUUUUAUGAAUUCUGUUAUCAAUGAAAAUUUGGUUCAAGCUAAGAGGGGUGGUAUUCCAGGCACUGUACCUUUAGUAAAAAGCUUUGUUGGCAUUAAAGUACAAAAUUUAAGAGAUUUAGAAGAUGUGAUGGUAGGCGAUAGGCCAUUGUGGCCAUUAGUUUAUUACUGUAUGAGAUGUGGAGAUCUUAAAGCUGCUUUGCAUUGUUUGAAACAAUGCAAUGCAGAUUUUCCAGAAUUUAAAACUGCUCUGGAAGAAGCAUGCGACGAUCCACAACGUUAUCCUGGUAAUCGUGCAGAGUCAGUAUUAAAAUUACAUUAUAAAAAGCAUGUAAGAUCUGCGACAGAUGCUUAUAAGAGAGCAGCAUAUAGUGCAUUAGUUCCAUGUGAACCAGAUGACUUGCAUUCUGAGGUAGUAGCAACUGCAGAUGAUUAUUUGUGGUUGAAAUUGUGCCAAGUAAGAGAUCAACCUGACAUUGAAAAUAAAUUAACUUUGGAUUAUCUCCAAACUACAAUCUCGGAAAUAUAUGGUGAAUCUUACUACCACGCACAUGAACAACCAUUUUUAUACUUUUCCAUGCUUUUCCUGACUGGUCAGUUUGAAGCAGCGAUCGAAUUUUUGGCAAGAGGUGCAGGUGCUCGUCAUUUAGCUCAUGCUGUGCAUCUGGCAGCCGCUAUGCACGAGCAUAAUCUGUUAUCUGUUAGUCAAAGUGUUUUAGCUCCAUUGAUAAGUGUUGACCCUUCUGAUAAACCACCUGCUAAAAGAUUAAAUUUUGCGAGGCUGAUAUUGCUAUAUGUAAAAAGAUUCGAAUCUUCAGAUCCAAAGGAAAGUCUGCACUAUCUCUUUUUAUUAAGAUGUAUGAAAGAUCCCUAUGAUAGAAAUAUGUUUGCUGCAUCAGCUGCAGGAAUGGUUGUAGAUGCUUCACCUACAAAUCGAGAUAUCCUUGUCGGCAAAAUAGAGAAAGAUAGAAGAUUGCCAGGAAUUCUAGAUCAGUUCCAAGUAAACACAGAUGACGUGAUAAAUAUAUGUGCAGAGACGUUAUAUAGAAAAGGGCUUUUGGAGGAUGCAGUAACGAUGUAUGAUCUUGCUGGAACUCACGAGAAAGUUCUCAGUUUAAUGUGUACACUUUUGGCACAAGUAGUAAGUCAAAAAGGAACACCUGGAUCAUUAAGGAGUCGAUUGCAAACUACCGCUAACGACAUAAGCUCAAGGUAUCAAGGUAUUGCUAUACAAGCACCAGCCGAAUUGGUAGCUUCGUUUUAUACUUUACGACAUCUUAUGGUAUUUUUUGAUCAAUAUUACAAUGAUCAAUGUCAAAGUGCUCUUAGAACUAUCGCCGAAUCAGAAAUGUUGCCAUUACAUGUCAAAGAUGUCGAUGAAAGAGUAACAGCAUUACGUCGGGUAUCACCAGAAGUAGCUGGAACUCUAACCGACGUUCUUUUAGCUACUAUGACGAUACUUUAUCGUCAAUAUCAAAAAUUACGAUCUACGGAACCAGGUGAUGAAAUAGCGAGAGAACAACAAUUUCGUGAUCUUCGACAUCAAGCGAGAGCAUUGACGAGUUUUGCAGGAACACUACCAUAUCGUAUGCCGAACGAAACAAAUAGUAAACUUGUACAAAUGGAAAUUCUUAUGCACUAAAUGCAGAUUCUAUUAUCUAUCCAAAUACCAUUCCUUAAAAAACUCCAAUGAUUUUUGCCGUCUUAUAUCUAAGAACCAUAAAAAAAAUUGCGCCAUUAUUUCCAUUUCUGUAUUUGUAAAAUAUUUCAAUGGAGUUAAAAAAGAUCAGAUCAGUAAAACGCGUCUGAAUUAUCUUGCUAUAUCUGGAAACUUUUACAUUGUAAUAAAAUAUAAUUUUUGAUAAA